CAAAAAGGUCAAAAUUGACUUGAGGAUUUUGGCGCGCUCGGGAUUCAAAACCGCGCAAACACAGCAGCAGAUACAAAGCACACACCUGCACACACACCUGCACUCACAGGACACACAGAUCAACUAACAGCGAGCGGAGGAGCCGCUGUGGAGCCGCAGAGGUUGGAAGCCAACACGUCAAGUGAGCAGUUGCAACGUGAACACGUGAAACACAAAGCAAACGAUGGAUCACAAGCGUCGCGUUCGCCGCCGCAACAUCAAGCGGACGGAGGUAUGGGGUCAGACACAUGUGGUUGCAAAGGACCUGAGCAAGUACCCGUGUGCGCUCUCAUUCUACCUGCAGCCUCCACAGGAAGAGAUUGGCCUCGAAGAGUUUGAGGAGCUGGCUGUUGCCCGUCUCCAUGCGCUCAAGGCAUGUGAGACAGCCAAGGUGCGCUACCCUUCGCGCGGAUCUGACUUCACCCAGCUCAUCUCCAAGGCCGAGCGCAAGCAUCUGCCGGUGACUGAAUCGGGCGACAACGACAUUCGAUAUGACCAGCGCAGACGCGACUACCUCUCCCACUUUAUUCUCCGCCUUGCAUACUGCCGCACGGAGGACCUUCGUCGCUGGUUCCUGACGCAAGAAACAGAGCUCUUCCGGCACCGCCUGAUGCAUCAGGACACUCAAUCCGUCAACAAGCUUCUGGCCUUGAACAACAUGCAGUUCAAGGCUGUCGAUGCUGGUGUGAAGCAAGCCCUUGCACCUGAGCUCCUUGCUGUGCACUCCAUCACCUCGAACGCAGGCAUCUCUCUCGAACGCAUGCUCAGCACAGACGUCUUCGAGGUGCCAUUUGAGCAAGCGCUUGAUCUGGUGCGGUCGCGUCGUGCUCUUGUGCGCAACGGAAACGUGUAUGUCACCAAAGACAAUCUCAUCCCCAUCAUCGUCGCCGCGUUUCGCGCCCGCCUCUCGGCCUCCCUCGCGCACACCAGCAAAGCGCUGCCGUCGCUUGAGGAAGACGACCGCCUCCUCCCAAUGCUCAAAUCCCUCAGCCAACAGGACAUUUCGCACGGCUUCAAGAGCAAGACAGCGACAGCGGGACAAGUCACGCCCGCUGAUAUCCCAACGCUGGCGAAAGAGUCGUUUCCGCUGUGUAUGCGCACAACACAGGAUGCACUGCACUCCACGCACCAUCUCCGCCACGGCGCGCGCAUGCAAUACGGGCUCUUCCUCAAGGGUAUUGGUCUGUCUCUGGAGGAUGCGCUUGCGUUCUGGCGCUCGGAGUUUACAAAGGCCAUGUCGCACGAAAAGUUUGAAAAGUCGUAUGCGUACAACAUUCGGCACAACUACGGCAAGGAAGGCAAGCGCCAAAACUACACCCCGUACUCGUGCAUGAAGAUCAUCAUGGGAAGUGCACCGUCAACCGGGGACGCACACGGCUGCCCCUUCAAGCACUACAACGAACAGAACCUGAAGACCAAGCUCAUGGCAUACAAAGUCCCAACAGCAACCAUCCACGAGAUUGUACAACUUGUCCGCGGGUCGCAUUUCCAGCUGGCCUGUGCGCGCUACUUUGAAGUUACGCACGAGCAACCGAGCGGCACUGCAACUGUGACGCACCCGAACCAGUACUUUGAGGAGAGCCGCAAGAUCCGCACUGGCGGACAGCAGCAGCAGCAACACCGAGGGGGUGCUGAUGGUGCCACCACCACCACGACGACAACGACGGCAACGACGAAGCAGGAAGUGCCUGCAGAGCUGUCGGACGAAGCGCUGAUGGCGGCGCUUGACGACAGUGCAAUGGACUGCACAUGACCCCUGCAUGUGCACCAACAUGUUAUCGCACUCCCCCCCCCUGGUGUCCCUCCAAGCUUAACAACACCCCUCCCGGCUUUUCUUCUUUCGUAACUGCAUGCUUUGUUCCAUUCAUGUCAUUUCCCGUGUGUGCUCCUGCAGUGUGAUUGCGUUCACCUCAUGUCCCGCCCUUUCGCUUGACUUAAACAACCACAUGGCUGA